CGAGGUUCGAUCGAGAGAAGCGUCGAUGCGACGCUGCGACGCGGACCAGAGCAACGAUUUACCGAGAUAAGCCGUGGGAACGGCGAUAACGAUAGAGAAAAAAGGCGAGUUCGUCGAAGCGCGGCUGGCUCCGAGUAUCUUCGUGUGACACUCGCGGUGACGCGAUAGUAAACGUCGCGUUCUCGAAUACGAUGUUGCAACCUGGCGACCACGAUUCCGUCAUCGGCCGCCCCCUUUAUCGUCGUUUUCCGCACCAUGAUCCAUCGUCCAUCGACCCGAAACGCCGACUUGCCGACGCUAUGGAACCCACCGUCGAAAUCCACGAUGUUUCCAUCGACUUGCCGCUAGCCGCUCUAUCCUCGGCCGGAAGCACGCCGACGCUCGAAUCGGCCGUAACCACCACGGCGACCGCCUCGUCGGAGAGCUUGCGCGCCGAGACGGACAACGAGCAAAGCGUUUACAGCGUCGCCUUACUAGACCGAUGCACGGAUCUCGUGACUCGUAACGAUUCCGUCUGCGACAGACAACGCUAUGCCUCCUCCACUUGGUUCUCUCUUGUUCGUCGACGAUGUUCCAACAUUCGCGGUUGGCUGCCGAGGAUGUGUUCCUGCCUGGACGCCGACAACGCGCAGUUCCUCGGUCCAUCCACGUGCAGCAGGUAUCAACGACUCAGUCCCAGGAGGAAUCUGCUCGAGAUCGCCUACCGAUCGAUCAACGGAAAUCGAAGGCCAAAAAGAUUCGCGCGACCGGACGAAAGCGAGGACGACGAGGAACAGACGGAGGAAUUGCGUUUUUACUGCGACGACGACGCUUGCUACGACGUGAUCGUCGAGCACGAUCUUCGCGCCAUCGACUUGUGCAAACUUCUGAAAGCGAAAAGAAGCACGGUGGGUGUCGACUGGUCGAUCGUGGAGACAUGGCCGGAGCUAGGAAUAGAGCGCGCGUUGGAGGACCACGAGGACAUUUUGGCCGUGCACAGGGAGACGAAAACGUUUUCCGCGGAGCGCGCACGGAAAUUUAUCUUUCGCCAAGAUUGCCUCAAGUACGAGUUCUUCCACGAUCCGGAGCUCUUCCUUUCCACCGAGAUGAUCGACGUUCCCACCGUUUUCGCCGAGGACUGGCACGCCUUGGACGAAACGGAAGCGGCGUUACGAGACUAUCUGGAGAACGAGGAGAUAGCGGAAUGUCCAGAGGUAUUCGGUUUAGCGUGGAUACAGAACGGACGCUUGAACAUUUGGAGGAAGAUCUGUUUGCUUCUUCGAGAUCGAGAGCUCUACCACGCGAAAAAGAAAAGCGAACGAGCGUUUCCGUUCGCCCGCUUGUCGGAUUACGCGGUGUACAAGAUCACGAACGCCAGGAAGAGAUACAGAGCGCCCUUCCCCUGGGGCAUCUGUCUCAGGUCAACCAACACCGCCCCCAAAUCCAAAACCAUCGCAGAGCGUGGAGAAACCGGGCUCAAGGUCAUCGCUUUUCACAGUGAAAAAUCCCGCGCCUGCUGGCUAACGGCCAUGAGGCUCGCCAAGUACGGCAAGCAACUCAGGGAAAACUACAGAGCAUUUAAGAACAAACAGUGCGAGCAAACCGACGGCCCAAAGGAUCGAUACGUCAACUACAACGUAUCCAAUGAAUCGGUGCGAUCUCGCGUGGCCAUGGAUUUUACCGGCAGCGUCGGAAGAAUCGUGGACGACCCGAAGGAAGCGAAGAACAUCGCGGAAAGCGAGGGUAUGAACUGGCGACGAACCUGGAGGCCGUUCUCGAGACCGCCGCCUGGCUGCACGGUGGUUAGACUGCACGGACUCGACGACGGUAUCCACGUUUUGCAACCGUGGUUUCACAGAGGACUGAAGAGAGAUAUCGCCGCGGCGAUCGUUCGAGACCAGGGUUCGGUCGACGGCGUGUUCCUGGUACGGGAGAGCAAGAGCAAUUUGGGCGCUUACGUGCUCACCUACAAAUACAGCGAGAAGGUGUUUCACGCUCAAAUUCAACCCGUUUUCGACGAGCGAUGCAACUGCUGGCUGUACACCCUGGACAAAGGCGUAACCCGGUUCUACGACUUGCUGCAGCUGAUCGAAUUUUAUCAGUUGAACGCGGGCUGCUUGCCCACGCGAUUGACCCACUACGUGCAGAACGGCGUGCCGGAAGUGCUGCCGCUUCCGGUUCCGAUGGCGUUGACGCAGACGGAGGACGGAGGCGGUGGUUCGCCGCCGUCGCCGACCGAGCUCGAUCGACGGCGACUCGGUGCCGCGACCGACGGCACGAUGGCCGAAGGUACCGCGGCGGCCGCUGCCUCGUCGUACACCGUCAGCUACAAGAGCAUCUGAGGAUAGGAAUUCCAGCGGCCCGUCAGCGUCGACGAGCGUUUGGUCGCCACCCGCUGUUCGCUGGAUCACGCCUCUCGACCAAACGGAAUCGCGAACGGGUAUCGCUCCGGCGACGCGAACGUUCGAUCCGCGCGCUCGGGUUGCUGGAGUUUGUGCCUCUGCAGCUACAGCAAGUGGAAUCCGUAGCGCGAAUCGCGUCGAUAGCCGUCCGAUGGGCGGAAAGACAGAGCGUUCGAAGAAGAUACGAGAAAGAGGAACGAGCAACGGACGAAGGAGAGACGCGGCUCGGGCUAACCGGCCGCCAGCUUUCGGCCAAGGGACCGAGAGCGUCGCGGCGUCGCGCUUCUCCGCGAUUCUCGGCGCGACGCGAUUCGUCGCUCGUCGACCGAUCGAUUCGUUCGUCGAGGGCAGCCGGCUUUUCGAAAAUCGGCUUUGAUAGCGGUUGAUCAAUCCCGAUGUUUCGAGCCGGCGCCUCGACGGUCGCACCGACGGACGCGCCUGUCCCGUUGUCACGGAUCGAUUCGUCGACGCGCGCCAGCUCUCGUCGACGAGUAACGGAGAGCGAACGCGCGUAGCCAGCGACGCGACGACGGAGCGGCGGUGAAGAAAAUAGCCGCCGCCAGAGUCGCGGCGCUCGGUACGCAAAAUCGCGUUAAUAUUAAGACGAUCGUUAUCGAUGCAAAAAUACGAUAAAAAUAUAUAUUUUGUACGAACGGUAGUAGAACGGACGAUCGAGUCGCGUUCCGCGAGAUCUCGACGUUCGGUCGGAGAACAAUAAAAGUUAAUCAAGAACGGAA